AAUAUGAAUACAAUUGACGAGAGUGACUUUGAGGAACAUGAAGAAUACACAGCUAUAUAUAGAAAAUCAAGAAGAAAACACAGACGGAGAAAACAUCCUGCUCCAAACACGUCAUCUGAGGGAACACUCAAAACAAAAACACUCAGUCCGUUUAUAGUAGGAGCAAAACCACAAGUGGAUAAAUUGGACACAAAUGAUAUCAACAGACUUGUUCAUGAUACUCUUGGUGAAAUAGGAAAAUCAUCUCCCCAUUUUCAGACAGAAAUUAUCCUUGAAGAGAAGAGGAAUCGAGUUUUUCUUGGAGAAUGUGCAUACGAUGAGGAUUUAACAAUAUUGCAAACCACACGAAUUUGGAAAUGUAGAAAAACUGGAAGAAAUAGUCUUGAUAAAUUCCGUCGUGUGGUUGAGUUCAUCACUUUUGCACAGAAAAUGUUCAAUUGCGACAGAACACCAAAGCUGUCACAACAGGAAACUAUAUUAUUUUUCUUGGACACACAGACACUCGAGAAACAGGAUAAAGACUCACCAAAGUUACUAUUCGACAUGACUCCCUUCAAGUCUAUAGGACAGAGAAGCUUUGUGAAUUCAGUAAAAGGCGUUCUACAGAAAGAUCCAAUAAAACGAGCAGAGAAAGAUGUAUCAGCGUUGCUACAUGUUUUACGGAAUUUCGGUAAAUUUUCGAGUUAUCCACAACAUAUACAACAAGGAAUUUGUCGAAAGGGAUGGUAUUCCAAAUUUGACAGUAACCAUGUGAUAGCCAGAGAAGGAAACAAAGCUGAAUUUUACUAUAUGAUACUAUCAGGCGUUGCUGUGUCACGUUGUCUUGGCACCACUAUAGAUCCACAAGAAAGAAGAAAACAACUGGCUGAAUUUCACAGACAAGGAGAUAUCAUUGGUGAGAAAGAAAUUCUAACAAACUCGGGAAGAAGUGCUACAUAUGUAUCUAAAGAGCCACUAGAAGUGCUGGGUCUAGACAGAGAUAUUUUCUUAGACAUAUUUAAGUCAGCAGGAGGAGCAGAAUGUAUUAGUUUUCUUAGAACAAUACCAGAUUUACAAGACUUUCCAUUAGAACUGCUCCAAACACAUCAUUUUUCCUGCUCUACACAUUUCUACAAGAGAGGAGCAGUAAUUGUGAAGAACAGUAAUGAUGCAGAAUGGGUUUAUGUCAUAAGAUCUGGAUCAUGUCAAGCAUUCAAGGCUGUACGAAACAAUGAAAACCAAGAUACACAGAAGACCACAGAGAAGAGAAAACAUCCGUCAUUACUACCAUCUUUACGAUCGAACAGCAUAGAUUCCCUCAAAAGCAAAUCAUCAGAAGAUAACAAGUCACCAAACAAGGCCAAAACUUUGAAGAAGAAACCUUCAAAGACACAACUGCCAACAAUCAAUAAAGCCAAUAAUUCACUGGUAUCACAAAGCUAUGAUGAAAACAUCAAUACUAUCAAAGAGACAGCAAAGAAAUCAGUAAAGAAAACAAGAAAAGAGACACAGACUCCAGUAGAUAAUCCAGUUCACUAUGCCAAAAUAGAUCUGGUCACAGAAAGGGAAUGCUUUGGUCUGCAGUCUCUUCUGUUUGAUGAUAUGCCAAGUUUAAGUCUAGUCAGUAAUGGUGCAGAAUGUGUCCUAAUUUCAAAACAAUUCUUAAAGGAAAAUAUGGAUACAGAAACUAAGAGAAGAUUACAAUCAAAGAUAGCACCAUAUCCCAAUUUAGUACAGAUAAGGAAUGCGGUAGAUGACAAACUAGCCUGGAAGUCAUACAGAGAUCAAGUUCUAUAUGACACAGUAAGAUAACACCACUGGACUGACCUAGUUAAAAUGAGUUUGUGACAAAAUUUUGUGGUUG